CUACUUACCCGGUCCUCUUAUUCCAACAGAGUGCCUCCAAAAAAAUGUCAAGCCUACCUUUCUCAUUCAUCUUCUUGUGCUUGCUCUCAACUCAAUGUCUUCUUGUUUGUUCUUCCACACUUCAAGAUCCUGAAAUCGUGGUUGAAGAUGUCCACAGGAGCAUUAACAAUGCCUCGAGGAGGCAGCUAGGAUAUCUGUCGUGUGCAACAGGCAACCCCAUUGAUGACUGCUGGCGCUGCCAGCACGACUGGGAACAGAACCGGUAUCGUCUAGCCGAUUGUGCAAUUGGCUUUGGCAAAAAUGCGAUUGGAGGGAAAAAUGGGAAGAUCUACGUGGUCACCGACUCGGGGAACGAUGAUCCGGUGAACCCUAAGCCAGGCACGCUUAGGCACGCAGUGAUCCAGGACGAGCCCUUGUGGAUCAUCUUCAAAAGAGACAUGGUGAUCAAGUUGAAGCAGGAGCUUGUUAUGAACUCAUUCAAGACAAUUGAUGGCAGGGGAGCUAGUGUCCACAUUGCUAAUGGGCCGUGCAUUAAAAUUCACUAUGUUACAAAUAUUAUAAUCCACGGCAUUCAUAUUCAUGAUUGUAAGCAAGGUGGAAAUGCCGAUAUAAGAGACUCCCCGCACCAUUCGGGGUGGUGGACUGUCUCGGAUGGUGAUGCGGUGUCGAUUUUAGGUGGAAGUCAUAUCUGGGUAGAUCAUUGUUCAUUGUCUAGUUGCGAAGAUGGACUGAUCGAUGCGAUUCAUGGAUCCACGGCCAUCACAAUUUCUAACAACUAUAUGACACAUCACGACAAGGUUAUGCUGUUGGGGCACAGCGAUUCAUAUACGCAAGAUAAAAAUAUGCAGGUUACCAUUGCGUUUAAUCACUUUGGUGAAGGCCUUAUCCAGAGGAUGCCUAGGUGCAGACAUGGGUACUUUCAUGUGGUAAAUAAUGACUAUACGCAUUGGGAAAUGUAUGCGAUUGGUGGGAGUGCAGCCCCUACCAUAAAUAGUCAGGGAAACAGAUUUCUGGCACCCAAUCUCAGAUCCAAUAAAGAGGUGACAAAGCACGAGGAUGCAGGGGAGGGGGAAUGGAGACACUGGAAUUGGAGGUCAGAAGGGGAUUUAAUGCUCAACGGGGCAUAUUUCAGAGAGUCAGGGGCAUCAUCGCACUCGUUUGCAAGAGCCUCGAGCUUAAAUGCAAGACCAUCGUCCCUCGUGGCUUCUAUGACUACUUCAUCUGGUGCACUUAAUUGCCGAAAGGGCUCUCACUGCUAGCCAUAUUAUUACUCAACGCACUUUACUUAUAGCUAUAUACAACAGUUUUCGUAAUUUUCAGA